AUGUCAGGAAGAGGAAAGGGAGGCAAGGGAUUGGGAAAGAGAGGAGCUAAACGGCAUUGUAAGGUUCUCCGGGACAACAUCCAAGGCAUCACCAAGCCGGCGAUACGCCUUCUGGCAAGAGGAGGAGGUGUUAAGCGUAUCAGUGGAUUAAUCUACGAGGAAAACUGUGUAGUUUUGAAGUUCUUUCUUGAAAACAUCAUCUGCGAUGCCAUCACAUACACCAAACAUGCUCGCUGGAAAACUGAUAUGGCCAUGGAUGUGGUAUAUGCUUUGAAGCGCCAAGGUCGUACUCUAUAUGGAUUUGGUGGUUAA